AUGUGGCCUUAUCCCCCUCCUGCCUGCCACAUGGGGCAUCCCCUCGCCACCUCUUCCUGCCUGCAGAUGCUGCCUGGCUUGGCGCGCUAUGCUGAGGUGGCAGCGGGGGCGAUCAACCACGCGCUGCGCUUCACAGCAACAGAGACACAGAAGAAGUAUGUGUGGCCCGCACGCCACUACGCCAGUGACUCCACCAACCCCAACCUGCCCCCCAUGGGCCUCCGCCUGCGCCUUAAAAAGACGCGGGUGAUCCUACAGGCGCUCAAGACGUACGGCAUGAUGCUGGCUGACAACGGUGCGUCCUGGUACAUCUCCGGUGCGCCGCACGCCAAGUGGGACAACGACGACUUGCACUCGCUGCACCAAGUCCUGGGGAAAAACUACGAGGUUGUUGACAUGAGCUCCGUGCCCAAGAAUUAG